AGUGCCCCUGUCCCCAGAGGAGGCUCAGGGCAGAGGGAGGGAGGCCGGCAGAGCUGUGAGCAGCAGAGCUUGGGAGCAUUUCUGGAGCCAAAGCUCCUCUCCAAGAGGCAGGGCAGAGCGGGCAGUGGACACCAUGGAGCCCUCCUCGGCCCCUCCACGCAGAACGCGCGUCCCCCGGCUGGGGCUCCUGCUGGCAGUCUCACUGCUAACUGCCUGGAUCCCACCCACCACGGCCCAGCUCACUGUGGAACCUGUGCCACCCAAUGCUGCUGAAGGGAUGGAUGUCCUUCUCCUCAUCCAUAAUCUGACGUGGGAUCCUCCAGCCUACCUCUGGUACAAGGCAGCAACAGCGGACCAAAAUUUUCAUAUUGCAACGUAUACGCCAAAUCCUGAGCAAACUACUCCAGGGCCUGAGUACCAUGAGGGAAUCAGAAUAUUCCCCAACGGGUCCCUGCUGAUUCAGAACGUCACCCUGGAGGACGCAGGAAACUACACCCUACAAGCCAUGAAUAACUUUUAUAUUCCUUCCGGAGCAUCUACACAGUUCCGCGUGUACCCAAAAUUACCUGAGCCCCACAUCACGAGCAACCAGUCCCAGUCCGUGGAAGACGAGGACUCUGUGGCAUUCACCUGUGAACCUGAGAUUCAGAACAUAACCUAUCUGUGGUGGAUAAAUGGUCAGAGGCUCCUGGAGACAACGGACAGGCUGCAGCUGUCCCUGGACAACAGGACUCUCACUGUGCUCAGCAUCACACGGAAUGACACAGGACCCUACGAGUGUGGAGUCAGUAACCCAGGGAACACCAUCCGCAGUGACCCAUUAACCAUGAACGUUUCCUAUGGCCCGGAUGCCCCCACCAUUUCCCCCCCAGACUUGUAUUACUGUUCAGGGGCAAAACUCAGCCUCUUCUGCCACGCGGUCUCUGACCCGCCUGCACAGUAUUCCUGGCUUGUCGAUGGAAGGCUCCAGCAAUCCACACAAGAACUCCUAAUCUCCAACGUCUCUGUGAAUGAUAGUGGGUCCUACACCUGCCACGCCCAUAACUCCAUCACUGGCCUCAACAGGACCGCUGUUGAGAACAUCACGGUCUUUGGGCCAGUGGCACAGCCGUCCAUCCACGUCAUCAACACCACAGUCUUAGAAAGGGACCGCCUGGUCCUGACCUGCCUCACAGAUGAUGCUGGACUAUCCAUCCGGUGGACCUUCAACAGCCAGAGUCUGAACCGCACGGCGAGGACGCGCCUGUCCCUGGACAACAGCACCCUGGACAUAUACCCUGUCAUGAAGGUGGAUGAAGGGGAGUACCAGUGCGAGGCCUUCCACCUGAACUGCUCCAGCAAGAGUGACCCCCUCUGGAUGACUGUGAAAGAUAAUCCAGAGCCAGAAGGCCCUGGCCUCCUGCCUGGGGCCAUUGCCGGCAUCAUCAUCGGGGUCGUGGCUGGGGUGGCUCUGAUAGCAGUCCUGGCCUAUUUUCUGUACUGCAGCAAGAUUGGCAGGGCAAGCGACCAGCGCCAUCUCACAGAGUACAAACCCUCAGCCUCCAACCACAGUCAGGGCCGCUCUGACAGCUCACCUGAACAGAUUGAUGAAGUCACAUAUUCCUCCCUGAUUUUCAACGCCCAGCAACCAACGCCAGCAUCCUUAUCCCCAAGAGCCACGGAAACGGUUUAUUCAGAAGUAAAGAAGAAGUAAAGCCACUUGUCCUGCUCACUCCACUGCUGAUAUCCUGGGUGUCUCCUGCAUCACCAGCAGCCUCUUUACCCUCAGGGGGAAAGGGAAGGAGCCCCCAUCCCCCACCCCACCCCUUCACCACCCCGCCCUUCAGUGUCAACAGGUGGAAAGGCACAUCCGGGAGUCGGUAGGGAACCUAAUCUUCCUUGGCACUGAAAUUGGCAAAGCCGACUUUAGGAGAGCGAUGCCAGGGCCUCCCGUCCCCUUUCCCGCCUCCCUGCUCAGAGCCCAUUGUUGCUUCCCACUCAGUCCUGUCCUAUCAGAGUUUAACUUGGAUUUGCUUGAGGAUGUGUCCUUUUCCCCUGAAGUACGGUGCCAGAAGAGAGAGAGAGAGAAAGUAAAACCAGUACUGGUUUCUUCUCUCUCCAAAAGAUCAGGGCCCAAGUACCUGGCUGCUUAAUUAGAAUACCACCUAAGUCUUUGGCAAGUCUUGUCUUCAGAGAACCCGCUAGAAGCAAACUGGGAAAACUAUUUGCCAAGUUUCAUAGCUGAUUUCCUAAUGGAAAAUACAAAAGUACACGUGCCUCUUGAUAUCUUUACAGGUAUUAAGUGCCCAGAAAGGGAGCGAUUACCGCUUUAGGGGGAGGAUUGGUUUUAAAUAGACUUAAUCUACUAGGAACUUGGGAAAAGAAUCAGAGAGCUACUGCCAGAUUACUUAAAUUGUUGUUAAAGAAUGAACAGUUUGGGGUAUUGGCCUUUCCUCUUUCCUGUGACAUUGUCAUUCUCAUUUUGUAACUGCUUAUUUCUGGGAAAGAGUGAGUUAGGCAAGCCAGCCUGACUGCCUUAGGUGAAAGAAGCCACCAAGCCCCUCGGGUCCCCUUGGCCAGCAGAUUCUCCCAGCUCUUUUUUUCCCCCAGGGCUCCACAUAGAAAAGAAGAAGUUUUCCUCACCCGUGGCGAGACACGGACCUGACUCGGUUUUUAAGCUUGUCAGGCCAGUGGUCAGCAGCCGCCGACCCAGCCCAUAUUUAUGCCCAAGUCACCUUCUCAGGAAACCUUGGCCUCGGCUGGGGUGUGAGGGGUCGCUGUUACCCAUGGAUGCAUUGUUUACAGCCAGAAGCUGCACUGGUGCUGAUACUCCUUGGGAAAUGAGCACUGUCAGGCAGUGGGGAUUACAACUUGGCCCUGAGCUUGGUGUCCGUGAAUUCCAGUGUGUUUUAGGAAUAAAAAUUUUUUAUAAAAAGGCAGGAGGAGAGGCCAAACACACUUCUCAGGCAGGCUUCUGCUCCAUAGGUGAGAUCUAUUUGUGGCUAGUAAGAGAAAGGCUUUAUUCCAUAUUGACUGCUUUAUCUCAUGCCAUGCCUAAGAAAUCUCCUCAUGAGAAUUAGCCGGAAGUUCUCCACACUCAGGUACCUCUUUCAGGGUUUCCUGACCCUGACAUGUACUGUAAAUAUCUCCUUCAUCCUUGCUAUGUUGAGUUUUUAAUUUCACCUGGCUAAGGCCACUUGGGAAUUAUUUAUAAAAUUUGUUCAAUAUUUAUAAUAAAAAUUAUAUAUCAGACAUCAA